CUUGUGAUCGAGCGAGUCUAUAAAGGACAGGGGCAGGAGACUGGCAUUAGACAGUCAGAGUAGGCAGUGAGCUGGGUGACACUGAACUCACAAACAAACAAACAACUAACACAGCAACACAGCUGCUGCCAAACCGGGACCAGGAGCAGGCGAAACUUCAACUCCCCCACACCCUCCCUCCAUUCAUUCCUCCGUCUGUCCCUUUUCAUUCCUCUUCUCCAUCCCUCACUGUUCCUCUCUCUCUCUUUCUCCCCCUCCCGCCACCCCCCCCACCCCGUGUCUCUUAGGAUGGCUGGUGGGGUGAGGUGUACCCGUAAGCUGAAACAGUGGAUGAUCGAGCAAGUGGACAGCGAGAAGUACCCAGGCCUGGUCUGGGAGGACCGUAAACUCGGAAUGUUCCGGAUCCCCUGGAAGCACGCGGGCAAACAGGACUACAGGCACGACGAGGAUGCCGCUAUUUUCAAGGCUUGGGCCAAGUUCAAGGGGAAAUACAAAGACGGAGAUAAGGUGGACCCAGCCACUUGGAAAACACGGCUGAGGUGCGCUCUGAACAAGAGCACCGAGUUUGAGGAGGUGCCCCAGCGCUCCCAGCUUGACAUCUCAGAACCAUUCAAAGUCUACAAGAUUGUCGAUGAUACAGCUGUGAAGAAGAGGCCAUCACUCACCAUUGACCUGAAUACGGUGAAGAUGGAGGCAAAUGGGAGCAUUGGAGUUGAGAGCUCACAGCCCAGCUCCCCCAGCAGAGGGCUGGGGACCUCAGAGCAGCAGGAAGAGAGUGACGCUCCUGUACGUAUUUUCCAGCAGGCAAUGGGUGAUGAUCCACCUCCUGACUCCCAGCAGAUGGAGAGUGACAGCAGCUGUGAUCCUAGCUCAGGCUCCGAGAUGUCCACAAAUGAAGAAGGUUCCGCCGAAGUCACCUCACUGGAGUUGAGUGUGAUACCAAGCACUGAAGGCCUGAACGACUACACAAUUAGCAUCACCAGUUCGGUGCCAGCAAUCCUCCCGGAGAAAGGCCCAAAUUCCAUGUUCAUCACGUUCUGCUACGGCGGUGUGGAGGUCAGCACCGAAGUGACACGGCACGGCUGCAAGAUCUCGUCCUCGGCCCCCCUGACCCGCAGCGACAGCUCCUUCGGCUCGCAGGCCUUGGAGAAGCUACGCUUCCCAUCGACAGCUGCCAUCACCAGCCUGGAGAAGCGGAGGGCAACAGACGAGCUGCUGGCCUUCCUGGAGCGGGGAGUCAUGUUGGACAGCAACGCCAACGGGAUCUUCAUCCAGCGCCUGUGCCAGGGCCGGGUGUUCUGGACGGGGCCGUGUGGGCCUCAGCCCAACCAGACAAACAAGCUGGAGAGGGAAAAGGUGGAGAAGCUGUUUGACCGCAAGAAAUUUGAGCAGGAUAUGGAACUCUACCAGACGUCAGGUGGUGGUGUUAUGCCCCAAUACAAGGUCACACUGUGCUUUGGUGAAGAGCUCUCAGAGGCAGAUUCUCUAGCAGAGAAACUCAUCACUGUUCAGCUUUACCAGGUUGCCGCCAAGCAGCUGGUGGACCGAGAGCUGGAGCUCCAGACCGCCUCGUCGUUCAUCAUGAGCCAGCUGGGACCCGAGCACUUCAGCGAGCGUCUGGCGCACGCCCUCCAGGAGGCCUCCAACAGCCUGUACGGGAUCUCGUAAAGGGAAAGACCGGCCGGGGAGGCCGUUUGGGCGGGGUGGAGAGAAGUGAUGGGGGCUGGGGGGGAGGCAAGGAAAAGACAAAGAACAACCCAACGACCAUCCAUCUGUCUAUCGGCUCCAUCUCUUGGGGUCCCGGAUGAAGGAAGGUCGGUGGAAGAGGGGGCGGGCUUUGUAAGGUGACCGUUGGUGACGCGUGCGCGCGGGUGGGGCACGGCCUGUACCGCGUGCGAGGCAUGACCGUUGACGUUUGAAGACUCCCGAGAUGGCCGUCGCCUCCAUCCCUUGGUGUCCCGGAUGAAGGAUGGGAUGGGGAGGGAACGGUUUGUGACGAAAGCGGUGGGGGGGGCGGGGGGAGAGAGCAUAAAGCGACCGUUGGUGACGUAUUCCCCGACCACCCGUGGGCAGCGACCGUUACCCUUUGAAAAUUCCAAGAUGGCCGCCGCCAGGGAGGAGCAGUGCGCCCACUCUCCUCCCCGAAAGAAACCUUCUUUGUCCCGCUGUGAACUCCUACACCUUCCUAACGCGCGGGGGGGAAAGGAAAAAUACCCUGCCCCCCCCCAGCAUUCCCAAACCGGGUUUCCACCUCGGGAAUUGUUGUUGUUUACAUAUCUCCUCCUCCAGAGUGAGGGCUGGCAUCCCACUGGAAUCUACGUCCAUAUUAUCACCCCACCAACAUUCUCCUCCCCGUAAUCCAUUUGUUUUGUGUGUGUUUUGCCCCACCCAUCCCAAGCCAGGAUGAGUUCUAGAACUUUCUCCUUCCCCCACCUCCUCUCCCCUCCCUUCCUUUG